CCGCAGCUAGCUUGUUACAGCUACCGUACCGUACUGCACUGUUGACAAACAGCAAUCUCCCUUUCGUCAGAUCGAACAGCUAGACGGGGAAAUUUGUAACUGUAGGCUAUUUUAUCGCGGUCAGGAUGGAGAACAAGGAUAACAAGGUGGACCAGGUCCUAAUAAUGGACCCAUCUCUGGUCUAUCGCCCUGACAUCUCAGACGAGGAGAAGAAAUUCCUGGGCUUGACUGACCUAUCACCAGAUCUGGACUUCACGCCUGGUAAAGAAGAGGAUGAAUUCCGAAGAUUUGAUGAUGAUGACACUGAUGCAACUAUGGCUCAAGUUAAGAAGACAUACUAUCUCAUGCAUACCAACCAAACAUACGACUACGUGAUGAAACAGCAUGAGAAAUGGCUAAGCUUCACCUUGGGUGAGAUGACUGUCAUGGAGGCUCUUGAUCUUCUUAACAAUCUCAUUGAUGAAUCAGAUCCUGAUACUGACUUGCCUAACAUCUACCAUGCUUUCCAGACUGCUGAAAGGAUCCGAGAAAAGCAUCCUGAUGAAGACUGGUUUCACCUCAUUGGUCUUAUUCAUGACAUGGGUAAAAUUAUGGCCAUGCAUGGACAACCACAGUUUUCAACUGUUGGUGACACAUUUGUGGUCGGAUGUCACCCUCCCCUAAGUCUUCCCUACGGUCUCAAGAGCUUCACAGACAAUCCUGACCUCAAUGACCCCCGUUACAACACUCGCCUUGGCAUCUACAAGGAGAACUGUGGCCUUAGCAAAGUGACCAUGUCAUGGGGUCACGAUGAGUAUCUCUAUCAUGUCCUGGUGAAGAAUAAGACCACAUUGCCUGAUGAGGGUCUUUACAUGGUGCGCUUUCACUCUUUCUACCCGUGGCAUAGGGGUAAUGAGUACACCUUCCUGAUGGACAAUAAGGAUAAAGAGAUGAUGAAAUGGAUCCAUGAAUUCAACCAAUUUGACCUGUACUCCAAAUCAGAUAGCGUGCCCAACAUUGAUGCCUUACGACCGUACUACCAGUCCCUCAUCGACAAGUACCUACCUGGAAAGCUAAAGUGGUAGAUUUUAGCACAAAUUCCUUUGUGAUCUAAUACCAUUAUAAAAAAAAUAAAGGCCCAUCCGCAUUUGACAUGAUUGACGGCCUAAAAAUACUGUUGCAAGAUAAAAACGGAAUGUUGACAGUCAUGAUAAUCAUCAUAUCAAUGAGUAGACUUCAACUCUUUGAUUGCUUCUUUUUUUACACUCUGACUUGCCAUUCAUGUAUAGUUGUACAAUUUUGCCGCAGCGGGUUUUUAAAAAGCGGUUUACCAUGGCAUGUGACAAGGCUUAAGUUGUCUCUCUUAUUUCACCUUUUUUUGUCCUUCUUCUUGAUAUUGAAUAUUCAAUACUGGAUACAUAUAUAAAAUCUCAGGUACCCACCAUAACAGUUGAAGUGGUAGAAUCUAUCAUCGAUUUGUGGAGUUUAUUGUGGUCAACACUUCAACAUCUGUUUGACUUUCUGACAAAAGUGUGUAUUGAUUUUCUGCUGUCCCCCUCUCUUUCUCUCUUUCUCUCUGUCAUGUGAUUUCCAUGUUAACCUCUCCUUCAACCUGAAACAGAAGCAGUCAUCAUAGGGAAUGUGUCACAUUAAUACUCUUUGUUUAUUUCCUUCUACAUUCCAAGGGAAUCAGAUUCGCAGCUUGUGUUGUCAACCCCCCCCCCCCCCCCGCCCUCUUCUCUCUAUUUAUCUGUGUCUCUCUCUUGUUGUGUCCCUAUCUCACUCUCUCCCCUCUUUAUCUCUCCUUCUAUCAUUAUCUUCAUGAUGUGUUUAGUAGCAUGGUUCUAAAUCCUUGUUAGCUAUAUUAUGUAUCUACAGUGUACUUUCAUAUUUUAUUGGUACUUCUUUGAUAAAGUACCCAUAUGUAUAUCUCAUUACCUAUAUACCUGUAUGUUGUCUCCCUUAUUGAUUUUUUUCUUCUUUCCUUUAUAUUUUACUCUUCUACCUCCCCCUCCACCCCCUGGCCCUCACUUGUCCCCCUCUUUUGUGACUUACAUUUAUAUCUACCGGUAUGUGUAGAAUGUUGAUGAAAAUUAUAAAAACAGCAAUGAUCAUGAUACAGCUAACACCUUUUUUAACACGUUAACUUUUCAUACAACUUGUAAAUGUGUGUUUUUUUUCUUCAUAACUCAAGAAUGAAAGUUGGACUGGCUUUAUAGGGCCUUUAUUGAAUACUUUUAGACUUUUAUAUGUCACAUUAUUAAGAAAUGUAUAUCAGGACAAACCAAUCUUUAACAUUCUUCAAAAACUACAUUAUUUGGUAAGGGCAUUAAUAAUUUAGUUGUUAACUGUAUACAUCAAUGGUAAUGAGAAUGUACAUAUCGUGCAAUUUUCUAAUUCAGUCGGUCAUGUGAAAGGAAAUCCUGUCGCUGGAAUUCUAAACUUGACAAGCUAUUGCCCAUUGACUUAAAGGGAUAGUUGAGUUUGUUGCAGAGGGUGCUACACAAAAUAAUUUCUUUGUGAGAUUAGAAAGAACAUACAAUUUAAAUGACAAAUCUUCUUUGUUUGAUCAAAAUCGGUUCAGAGACGGCUGAAAUAUCCAUAAAUAUAACCAUUUCUAAUAUUUGUGUACCACCACAAAUAUUAGAUAAUUAGAACCAGCUGUUGACAAAACAAAGUAACCCCUCAUACGUUUUUCUUCUAGCCACUGCCGAUGUUGGUUUUUUCAUGUUGGUAAUAAUAUGCACAACCUGCCGGCAAAUGUAUUGUUAUUAUUGUUAUUAUUAAUCAAAUAAUUAAUUAAUGGUCACCACAUUUUUUUGUAAGUGGAGCUGAAUUGGUAUAAUCAUAUUGGAUGAUCUGUGACUGUCAGAGUGUGGGAACAGAAGUUUUAAUAUGGAUAGCACUAGCUGUUCCCUAUUUUGUGUGUGCAUACAACUUCUUCCAAUACAGGAUGAUGAUCAUCCUUUUAUGACAAAUUGCAAUGCAACAACAUGCACAUAUUUUUAUAGUAAAAAACAAUUUAUAUUCUAUUUUACUGUCAUACAUGUACCAGUAUAUUAUUAUCAGUGUGUAUAUAUUGUACUUACACUAACUUUCCGUACUAUAAUGAACAAGAAUUGUUCUUGUUCAAUCUUUUUUUAAGAUUAUGAGAAGGAAUUGAAAUGAGUCGAUUUGUUUACUGAUAUGAAAGCUUGGAGGUGUUUAUUGAAACUAUCAUUAAGACGGUCUGAAUUCUUGGACAUCCCAUAGAAUCAUGUUUUAUAGAAUUAACAUGCGUUUCUUUUGGGAUGUCCGCAAACUUUGGCUAACGGCGGUUCCAAAGUGUUUAUAAUCAGGUCAGUUAGUGGUUUGAUUUAUGUGUCUGAUUUUUCUCAGGAAGAUGUGUAAAUAUCCAUUUCUAACAUAAUGAUAAUUCUAAACUUGGAUAACCUCAGUAUAAAAAUACUGUGCUUAAAGAUAAACUUGAGUUAUGGUAA